AUGCUAGUUUCGUCGCCCUCUCCGUCCGCCGCCCUGCGACCAUCCCCCUCCCCUUCCACCACCACCACUACUACCACUACCACUCAUCAUUCUCAUUCUCAUCCCCUUCCCCAUUCUCAGUCGCACCCUCAUCCGUCCCCUCAUUCCCAACUUUCUCCUUCUUCCUCUUCCUACACUUCAUACCCACGACAGCCUGCGCGUCAGCAUUAUGAGCCCGCCGGGCACGCUUCUGCUGCAGCUGCAUCUACCAACUCUCGUUUCGACCCGCAAUCCUCCUCUCGGGUGGCCAUCGAAGAACUUCGAUCGGCCCUAAACCGGCAUACCGUUGGCUCAUCCCCUCCCGGGCCCUCAGGGGAUAUCCCUCGCGGUCGCAUGUCCGCCGGGCUGACCUCCUCUGGGGGCGGAAGUAGCACCACGUCUCAUCCGCCUGCUGACGCCGCCAUUCCCGCCUCCAAUCCCAUGCGCCCUGCUCAGGAUCGUCCUGCCAAUAACGUGUCUGUCCCAGCCGUACCUGCAGCCUCCGUUCCCGCCUCAGGUGCCCAAUCUACGUCGACUCCCCCAAUGCCGGUCCCCAACAGUGCUGGCUCCGGGUCCAACAAACGUAACAGCCCGAACGACCCUCCGGUCGGUAGUGAGCGAGCCGCGGGUUUAGCUCACGCUGACCUCGAGGGCUCUCAGACGAAACGAAUGCGACCGGACGUUCCGGCAGUCAAGCUGCUGCCGGAGCGGUACGAGCUGGCGGAUCCUCGGGAUAUUGUUGUGUUGAUCUCGAGCAUGCUGAUGGAGCUGAUCCGGUUUAACGACAAGAUCCCUCUGAAUCAAGGUCGCUUGACUCGGUUCCACUCGCGGUCGCCGCCGCGAAUCUCCGUGCAUGACUACCUCCAGCGACUCACCACCCAUGCUACGCUGUCCCCUCCGAUCCUUCUGAGCAUGGUGUACUACAUUGAUCGGCUCUGUGCUCUAUACCCCGCCUUCACCGUGUCCAGUCUGACGAUUCAUCGAUUCCUUAUUGCGAGCGCCACGGUAGCUAGCAAGGGUCUAAGCGACAGCUUUUGGACCAACAAAACCUACGCUCGGGUGGGUGGUAUCACCAUGACCGAGCUAGCUCUGCUUGAGUUGGAGUUCCUGUUCCGCGUAGAGUGGCGCAUCGUGCCCGAACCCGAAGUGCUUGUAGACUACUACAAGAGCUUGGUCGAGCGAUGUGAUGGGUAUGCGAUCGGACGUGACAGUUGA